AUGGCCCGGCGGCUUUUAAAUGUGCAUUGUUGGCACCGGCAGGAAGGCUGCCCUCCUGUUACUCCCCACUCCCCCUCCUCGUGUUCUGAGGCUGCUUUGUUUCCAGGUAGGUGGCUGAUUGUGUCUACUUGGGCCUCCUGGGACAUGAGCUUUUGUGACACCUUAUGUCCAGGAAGAUCAGUGGGCCAUGGGGCCCUAGUGACCAGAUACAAGGUGACCACUGGCCCACCUGUUUUGUUCCUGGGCCAUCAGCAUGGGCUCAGCAGUUCACACCUCUUACUUAGGAAGCUGGGAGGGGCAGCAGGUCAGUCACACUGGCCUCCUUGA